AUGGUGACUCCAGUGACAGAGAAGUACAAGAAACCAACAAGAUCUUUGAUUAGACUUAAAAAUAUCAUUUUACUGAGGAUGAUGGUUUCAGAGAUCUUGCUGGUGGUACUGUUUCCUUCCCAGUUAAGCACAGUUCACAUUGUGAAAUGCAGUGUGUAUAAUCCACACCAUCCACCGCACACCUAUCAUCAACCAGGAGACCUCAUCAUUGGUGGCAUCGUUUCUCAUGGUGGCUUCAUCUCCAGUCCAAUCGACUUCACUGAAGACCCCCCUCCAGUAUUGCUUGAAGAUUUUAUUGUUGUGUCUAAGGCUUACCUGCUCAUCCUGGCCCUGGAAUUUGCAGUGAAGGAAAUCAAUGAAAACCCACAGAUCUUACCCAAUCUCACCUUGGGCUUCCACAUCUAUGACAGCUAUGACAAUGCAAGGAAGACCUAUCAUGCCACAAUGCUACUUAUAUCAGCACUUGAGAGAUUGAUCCCCAACUACAUAUUUCUGGGCAAUGUGGAGAACGGGGAUAUUUGCACUGGAGAGGAGAAGCUGGAAAAUCUCCCAGCACCAUUUUUUGAAAUGAGCAUGAAAGGACACAGCUACAGCAUCUACAAUGCCGUCUAUGCCUUGGCCUAUGCUCUAAAUGCCUUAUCCUCAUCUAGACUCAAAAACACAGAGAUGCUCCAUCACUUUCUGAAAGGUGUGUCAUUUAACAACAAUGCAGGAGAUGAGGUUUCCUUUGACCAGAAUGGGAAGUUAGUUGCUGGAUUUGAUGUAAUCAACUGGAUUGUUUCCUCAAACAACUCCUUUAAUUUCAUACAAGUUGGACGUGUGUCUCCGCAGAGCGUCCCAAGCCAAAUAUUCAGCAUCAAUGAAGAUGCCAUAACAUGGCACCAAUGGUUUAACCAAGAACAACCUUUUUCUGUAUGUAGUGAGAGUUGUCAUCCUGGAUCUAGCAAAAAAGUGAAAGAGGGAGAGCCAUUUUGCUGCUAUGAUUGCAUCCCAUGUCCAGAUGGGAAGUUUUCAGACCAAGAGGAUGUGGAUGAUUGCAAGAAAUGCUCAGAUGAAGACUAUCCAAGCAACACUCGGGAUUUCUGUAUCCCCAAGGACAUAAGCUUCUUGUCAUAUCAAGAACAUUUGGGGAUGGGUUUAGCCGGUGUCACUCUUUUCUUUUGUAUCACCACUUUAUUGGUGUUGGGAACAUUUAUGAAGCACCACAACACUCCCAUUGUAAAAGCCAACAACCGGGAUCUUACCUAUAUUCUCCUCAUCUCCCUCCUGCUCUGUUUCCUUUGCACGCUGCUGUUUAUUGGCCGUCCUCACAAAGUGACAUGUCUACUCCGACAGACUGCUUUUGGCAUAAUUUUCUCAGUGGCUGUUUCUUGUGUGCUGGCAAAAACCAUUACAGUGGUUCUGGCUUUCAUGGCCACCAAACCAGGAUCCAAGAUGAGGAAAUGGUUAGGGAAAACACUGGCCAAUUCCAUUGUUCUUUUCUGUUCCCUUCUCCAAGUAGGCAUUUGUAUUGUAUGGUUGUCAACAUCUCCCCCAUACCCAGAUGUUGACAUGCACUCAGUGACUGGAGAAAUUGUUUUGGAGUGUAAUGAAGGAUGUGUGACUAUGUUUUACUCUGCCCUGGGCUAUAUGGGCUUCCUUUCAAUUCUGUGUUUCAUGGUAGCUUUCCUUGCCAGGAAGCUGCCGGAUAGUUUCAAUGAAGCCAAAUUUAUCACAUUCAGCAUGGUAGUAUUUUGUGGUGUUUGGUUAUCUUUUGUUCCAGGUUAUCUGAGCUCCAAGGGAAAAUACAUAGUUGCUGUGGAGAUCUUCUCUAUCUUAGCCUCCAGCUCUGGACUCCUCGGUUGCAUCUUUUCUCCCAAAUGUUUCAUUCUUGUUUUGAGACCAAAGCUGAACAACAGGAACCAACUAAUAAGAAGAAUUUAA